UCAUAAAGUUGCAAUAUAAUAAAACCAUCUUUCCUUCUUGUCAUCUCAUCUCUCCUAUCUUCUCCAUAUAUAAUUCAUUUCACACCUCCAAAACUCAACACACACAUGCACAAUCUCUCUGCAAAAUUUUCCAAAGUUUCAGCCUUUCAAUUUUAAAUUUCUCUAUACUAAAUUCACAUUUUCCUCUGUUGCAAAUUCAAGUUCCGUGAAAUUCAACUCACACAAAAUAUUUAAACUUUCUUUAAACUGAAACCAUAUAUGGAUCGUUCAUAUACAUGCAUAAAAGAGGUGUUUCCUACUGGUAUCAAUGAUUCCCCAUCACCACCAUCUUCUUCAACUUCCUCUUACCUCCAUUCAACCUCCAUGGCCCCAAAUGAUCCAGCAACAUUAAACUCUCCGCAACCAAUAGAAGGUCUCCACGAAUCAGGCCCACCUCCAUUUCUGACAAAGACAUAUGAUCUGGUGGAAGAUUCAAGAACCAAUGAUGUUGUGUCUUGGAGCCAAGACAAAAACAGCUUCGUUGUCUGGGAUCCACAAGCUUUUUCCAUGACUCUCCUCCCCAGAUUCUUCAAGCACAAUAACUUCUCUAGCUUUGUUCGCCAGCUCAACACAUAUGGUUUCAGAAAGGUGAAUCCGGAUCGAUGGGAGUUUGCAAAUAAAGGGUUUCUUAGAGGGCAAAAGCAUCUCCUCAAGAAAAUAACUAGAAGAAAGACGAAUAACAAUAAUCAAAUGCAACCACCUGAAUCAUCCUCUCAACAACAAUCACUAGACAAUCGUUGCAUAGAAGUUGGUAGGUAUGGUCUAGAUGGAGAGAUGGACAGCCUAAGGCGAGACAAACAAGUGCUGAUGAUGGAGCUAGUGAAACUUAGAAAAGAACAACAAAGCACCAAAAUGUAUCUCACAUUGACUGAAGCAAAGCUUAAGAAGACUGAAUCAAAACAACAUCAAAUGAUGAGCUUCCUUGCUCGCGCAAUGCAGAAUCCUGAUUUCCUUCAGCAACUCAUGGAGCACAAAGAUAAGAGUAAGGAUAUGGAAGAAGCAAUCAGAAAGAAGAGACAAAGAACGAUCGAUCAAGGGACAAGUGAUGUGGUUAAUGUAGAAGAUUGUGAUGUUAAUGUCGGUGGUGGAUCCUCCUCGAGGUUUGUUGACAUGAAACAAGACAUAUAUGGAGACAUGACUGAAUUUGAUAUGUCGGAGUUGGACGGACUUGCUAUGGACAUUGAAGGACUUGGAGGUCAGUUCACUGGGGAAGAAGUCUUGGAUGUGGAUAAAAGAGAACAAGAAGGGUUCCAAAACGAGAACAAUGAGAGUUAUGGUGAAGAUUUUUUGGAAGGUUUGUUUAAAGAAGAUCAAGAUAUUGAUUUUGAACGAGAUGGGGAAAAUGUUGAUGUGCUCAUUGAGCAACUUGGUUAUUUGGGUUCGAGUUCACACUAACUGAGAAGAAUUUGAAAAAAAUUCUUAAGCAUUUGAAUCAACUUGUUUUUCCUAUUGGAUAGCUUUAUAUCAGUUAGGUGUUGGACUAACAUAUUGAACUUGAGUUUAAUUAAGUCAUGUUUUUGUUUCUUUUGAUGCUUUUUGGAAUAAAAUUGUUUGUUGUUAUAACUAGUUUU